AUGUCCGCCCAAUUAUCAUCAGAACGCUCCUUUUCUCAACUUUUCCGUCAAUCUCGCCUUGCAACGUACGAUCCGACUCUACCACAAGUUUAUACGACUUAUGGCCCUUUCAAGAAACAAGGCGACUGGGGCUUGAAACGUAACCUUCCGAAAAUCCUCCGUACUAAUGUGAUCACUGUACAAGCUCUCGAUACUUCCGAACAUCAAACGCCAUUUCGCUCUGCCCAGAAACUCGUGCGAUUUACUAGAAAAUGGAAAGAGAAUUUUCCGUGGUCAAAAUUCCCACCUCCCCUGAAAGAUAAGGCCUUGAGGAACAUAAGUUUGAUGUCAGAGAAGCAGUUUGAAAAGUUUUUGAAAGAGGCAGAAGAAAAAAAACAGGAAUGGAGGCAAAAGAAGAAAGAAACGUAUUCCCCUGAAAGUUGGCUUCAGUUUAUGAACGCCAUAAAUGAGAAAUCUCCUCCCUCGGUCGUUGGCUUAACUUACUCCCAUAAUAACCCGGGAACAAACGUUCUCAUCCAGGGUCGUGUAUUAAACAAGGAACUUCUUGGAUACGCAGUGGGUAUAUCUGGCAUUGUUGCACAUUUGCCGUCCCAAAAAGCCCUUCGCGUUGGUAUUAUUGAACGGGAUAAAGUGGAGCAGUUUUACGUCGAGCAAGCCGAAUUUAAUGAAAGUGGAAGACUAGUAGUGAGACUUUCUCAAUUGCCAACCGUUAUUCGACAGGAUACCUUAGGAUAUCCGGGUAGUUCACGACUUACGAAAGGUUUCCUUGAUGAGGGUGCAAGACAAAAAGAGGCCCCUGAUGUUCAAAAGGAUCUGCUGGAGAAGAUUAAACAACUGUCUGGUGGUAGUUAUAUCGGCAUUGGUCCUGUGAGAUUUCCUAAGCCUCAGAACAUAAAUAUGCGGAAGGAUUUCGAAAGUGAUCAAUCUAGCAGUGCAGCAUUGUUUGGUCCUGAUGGGCUGUUUGCUAAAAAAUCGGAAGAUAGUAAUAUAGAGAUAGAUAAAGCAAAAAAGGCAAGUGAUAAGUUAGAAGUAGACGAUUAUCUUGACCUAAUGGAACAGAUUUCAAUUAAUGAUGAAAAGAAGCGAGAUGAUGGAAAUAAAGAUGACUCAUAA